AUGGGGUCAUCAAGCGAUUUUUAUAGGGAACUACUUCAACGAACAAAAACGACAGCUCAGCUGCGGCGAAAGCGAGCCUGGCAACCACAGUGCAGUUGCAAUGCAUUCAACACUUGCCCGCCGGGACCACCAGGAGCACGUGGUGCCAGAGGGUUGAAUGGGUUUCCUGGUAAGACUCAAAAAAUCAAGUAUAUACCCUGUGUACCAAAUAUAGCUGCUAGAAUUUACAUUUUUCUUUAAAUCUAGGUAUUCCCGGAGCACCCGGAGCUCAAGGACUCCCCGGCAAUUAUCCUCAAAUAAAUAUUGAUCCGGUCGACAAAUGCCGAAUUUGCCCAUAUGGUAAAGCAGGCCCAGAUGGCCCAGAAGGCCCCAAAGGUCCGCCCGGCCCGCCUGGAGCACCAGGUGUUCCUGGUGCGCGUGGAAUGAGAGGACUAAGCGGCCAGGAAGGGGCACCCGGCCGGCCUGGAGAACCCGGAAAGGUUGGGAAACCAGGCCCUAUCGGACAACGAGGUCGCAACGGAAUAGUUGGAAGAAAAGGCAAACCUGGAGCACCUGGCUUGCCGGGACCGGCCGGAAGUCGAGGUGAAGUUGGAGCUGCGGGAGAGCCUGGGGUCCCUGGAAAUGAUGGAGUUCGAGGAAGGAUGGGCCAAAGAGGAGAUAGAGGCGCGGCUGGACGUCCAGGUGUUCCCGGAUUGAGCGGAAAGAAGGGUGAGCCAGGACGAGACGCACUUUACUGUUCAUGUCCCAAGAGAACCUUCGUUUUGGACAGAACUUCCAGUUUUUGAGACAGCAUUGCUAUUUGCAAAUACACAAAAGGAUAUUUAAAUAAAACUGUAACACUCCUAAAAUGGGUUUAGCAUCCUAUAGAUUGCCUCGGCACCAUGAAUUUAAAUUGGAUUGGGCUCUGUUGGCUGAAAUGUCAUCCAACUUUAAAUAUAAAAAGAUUAAAUGCGAUGAUUCAUCGAUCCUUGAGCUGUCUGGAAUUUCUCGCCUUGUGGCAUCUCCGUGCGGAGAACAAUACGUGUUGAGGGUGGAUACAGGGCGAGAUUAA